UGAAGGCUAUGAUGAGCUUAUUGUUAUCGACACGUUUCUUAUCGCGACCUUUACACGACUCAGAUCGGUAUGAUUUAACUUUUUUGAAUGCGCCUGAAAAAGAAAAUAGCGCCAGUCUUUGAGUAACAGCAAAAUGGAUUUGACGUAUUUAAUAUACCUAUUCCUUAUAGGCGCAAUAACGUAUUGGUAUUUUAAAAGUAUUCACAGUCAUUGGACAAAACAAAAUAUACCAUCGGUGCCAGAUCCACUUCCAAUUUUUGGACACAUGCUACCAGCAAUAAUUAUGAAAGAAAAUGUAUCAGAUUUUGUCCAGAGAGCUUACAAUAACUUCAAAGCAAGUUUUGUCGGCUUUUAUUUUAUGCAUAAACCGGGAAUAAUUGUACGCGAUCCAGAUCUUGUUAAGUGCGUGCUACAAACUAAUUAUUCGAGUUUUCGCGAUAAUUUCGUGGCAUUAAGUGAAAAAAAUGAUCCACUUAUGGCAAGAAGUCCAUUUUUUACUAAUGAUGUUAAUACCUGGAAAGAAGGAAGAAAUCGUAUAUCCAACCAUUUGUCGGCCAAGCAACUCAAGUACCUAUUUGCCGUAUCCGAAGAGGUUUGUAAUAGAAUGAGUACGUUUAUGGAAAGAAAGAUCCAGGAAAACGGCGAAUCGUAUGAGGUUAAUCUGAAGAACUUGUUUACAAGAUGUACUGGUGAACUGGUAGCUAACGCUGCAUUUGCGAUUGAAGGUCAAAGUUUUGAAGACAAUCCAGAAGAUCUGUCCUUUACUAAAGUGACUAAAACUUUGUUUGAAUCAUCAUUUGUGAAAGAAAUACUUUUAUUCUUUUUCCCUAGUAUAGCACAUUUCUUUGGUGUAUCCUUGUUGCAGACAAAAACCGAAGAAUAUAUGCGACAAAAUAUCAAAAGCAUUCUUGAAAAGAGACAACGGACUGGCAGUGCACCAAACGAUUAUCUGCAGUUUACUACGGAGUUAAAUGCAAAUUUUGACGAUAUACUUGCCGAUGUAGUUAAUUUUUAUGUUGACACUUAUGAUACUACGAGCUCGGCAGUAGCCAAUCUUUUUUAUAAUUUAUCUCGAAAUCCAGAUAUCCAGACAAAAUUACGAGACCACAUUAUGUCUGUUUUGAAGGAUGCAAACGGACAAGUAACUUAUGAGUCUUUAAAGAACAUGACUUAUCUUGAGCAGGUCAUACAUGAGUCUAUGCGUAUGACUCCCUCAUUAGCUUUUCAACCAAAACGUUGCACUGAAGAAAUUACGUUAAAAGGUAAUGAUGGUUUGACUUGUCAUCUGAAGCCGGGAGAUCCUAUUUUAAUACCUGUAGUGGGUAUCCAACACGAUGAAAAAUAUUGGCCCAAUCCAGAAAUUUUUGAUCCAGAUAGAUUCAGCCCAGAAAAUCGAGCUAAGAAUAAUAGAUAUACCUUUUUGGCUUUUGGUGAAGGACCAAGGAUCUGUGUCGGUAUACGUCUUGCACUAAUGUUAGUUAAACAAAUUACUGCUUCAUUGAUUAUAAGAUUUGUUAUCGAACAUUCUUCAAAAACUAAGGUUCCGCUGGAGUAUGAAGCCAGUCCGAUAUUUUUCGGUUUCAAGGGAGGAUUGUGGGGACGUUUCAAAAAAUUAAGCCUAAGCUCGCAAGAAUCCAAGUUAUAAAAUACGAGCCGGAAUUAUGUAGUAUUUGUAAUUUGUUUUAUUUGAUUAACUUCCAUAGAUUUAAGCCAAUACAUUUAGUUCUAAUUUUUACGAAUUCGCUUUGGCCUGUAACUACCAUCAAUCGAUAGUCAAGGCUGAUAUAAUAAGCAGUAUUGAAAUGUCACACGAAUUAGCCUUCAUUCUAUGCAAAUUACGUAUAUAUUAAUGUAAGCGUAUCCAAAUUGCAAUGAUACUAAUAAGGGGCUUCAUUCAAAUUUAAAUUUGACGCGCUCUAUAACCGUAGCGUGCUAAGGCAUUAUGUUAGUACUGCUAAUCAACUGAUAAUUGCUUCACAGGCGCUAUUACACGUUCAAGAUAGUUAAUUUUUUUGCUUGAAUUUUGUUUUCAGCCUUUCUGCUAUUUUUAUCAAAGAGAAGCUGUACAUACCCAUUUAAUUCAAUUUAUUUAUUAUUCAAGCUCUGUAAAAAAAAAUAUAAAAAAAAUUUAAAAAAAUAUACGCCAGCGAUUCAAUUUUAUCAAAUGCUAUACAGAUAAAAUACGAUUAAAUUGAUCCUACGAGAAAUCUUUGAACGCGAACGAAAGAACCUUGAACAUGAGUUGGUGUAUGUUCAAAAAUGUAUUCCCGGUAAAAAAUUAUGAUUAUUUGCGUUAAAUAAUCCCAUUAUGAGUUCAUCUAUUUUAUAAGUAUUUGUAUUUUUUUUUUUUUUUUUCAUUUUUAUAGUAAUUUCCAUGUACACUAUUUUUUCUAAUGAAAAAAAUAAAGAAUAAUUGAUAAAUGUUUAUAAAGAAAUGUCUAAUUCAAUAACUAUUUUUUUCUAGAUGCAUACAACCUUAGCAUUUUUUAAUAGAAAUUUGUAUCUAAAAUGUACAUUUAUAUACGUCAUGGAUUACAUUUAUACAUUUUCAAUUUCUUAGUAACACAAACCAAUGUAAAAUAAUUGAAUGAAAAUAAUUAUAAGACAAAAAAAACAAUAAUGACCUUUAAAUACAUAUUUUUAAACAAUUUUAAAUCGCGAUAACAUGGAAAAUUUAUAAAGUUUAUGUACAAACUUAUCAGGUUUACAUCACUAUUGAUAAGUGAUUUAAAAUGUGAUUUUAUUGCAAUUAUAUUUUAAAUCAUAAUAUGGUCUAUAAAAUAUUAUAAAGAGCCAUUAUUGUAAUUUAUAGCUAGGGAAAAAAGUCAUUAAAGAUCUAGUAUGCAUGACAAGAUUUUUAAUCCGCUAUGCUUCUAUAGAGUCACAUUAAAUUAAACUGAUUGUCAAUUACUUAUAAAGUGUAAGUAAUUUUCUAGUUAUAUGUAACUAUAAAGAGAUUUCAUCGUAACGAAGCCCACUUAAUAAUCUCAUACUUUUUAUGUGAUU